AUGGAUAAUUCUAUUGAAGUAUAUGUUAAUAAUACUGCAUGGGUACCAGGCCCCACAGAUGACGGUGGCCUUGCUCAACCUGAAGAAGAAGGAAUGAUGAUAAACAUUUCCAUUGGGUAUCACUAUCUUCCUAUUUGCCUGGGGAAAGCACCAGAAUGCUUAAUGCCUGCAACCCAAAAUUGGUUGGUAGAAGUACCUACUGUCAGUGCCAUUAGUAGAUUUACUUAUCACAUGGUAAGUGGAAUGUCACUCAGGCCACAGAUAAAUAAUUUACAGGACCCUUCUUAUCAAAGAUCAUUACAAUGUAGGCCUAAGGGGAAGCCUGGUCCCAAGGAAAUCCCCAAAGAAUCAAAAAGCCCAGAAGUCUUAGUUUGGGAAGAAUGUGUGGCUGAUACUGCAGUGGUACUACAAAACAAUGAAUUCGGAACUAUUAUAGACUGGGCCCCUCGAGGCCAAUUAUAUCAUAAUUGUAUGGGCCAGACUCAAUCGUGUUCACAGGUCCCAUCCAUCUGGCCCAUUAAUAUGGCCUAUGAUAGUGAUUUAACUGAAAGCCUGGACCAGGUUCAUAGAAGGUUAGAAUCACUCUAUCCAUGGAAAUGUAGUGUGUAA